AUGGGUUUUUCUUUGUGCACCGUGUUCCUCAUUUUGGCAUCAUUGGCCUCUGCUGCAUUUUGCGCCAACCCGCGGAGCCCAGUGGAUGUAGAGUUUGGUCGAAACUACGUUCCCACUUGGGCUUUUGAUCACAUUAAAUACUUCAAUGGAGGUUCUGAGAUUCAGCUUCAUCUUGAUAAGUACACUGGAACUGGCUUCCAGUCUAAAGGAUCAUACUUGUUUGGUCACUUCAGCAUGUACAUCAAGAUGGUUCCAGGCGAUUCAGCUGGCACAGUCACUGCUUUCUAUCUAUCUUCCCAAAAUGCGGAGCACGAUGAGAUAGACUUUGAGUUCUUGGGUAACAGAACAGGACAACCUUACAUUUUGCAAACAAAUGUUUUUACCGGAGGCAAGGGUGACAGAGAACAAAGAAUCUACCUCUGGUUUGAUCCAACAAAAGCCUACCACAGAUACUCUAUUCUGUGGAACAUGUAUCAAGUCGUAUUCUUGGUGGAUGAUGUCCCAAUCAGGGUGUUCAAGAACUGCAAGGACUUGGGAGUGAAGUUCCCAUUUUUCCAACCCAUGAAGAUAUACAACAGUUUGUGGAAUGCUGAUGAUUGGGCCACAAGGGGUGGUUUGGAGAAAACAGAUUGGUCCAAAGCUCCUUUUAUUGCAGCCUACAAAGGGUUCCACAUUGAUGGGUGUGAAGCCUCUGUGAAUGCCAGGUUCUGUGCUACACAGGGCAAAAGAUGGUGGGAUCAGCCACAGUACCGUGACCUUGAUGCUGUUCAAUGGCGUAGACUCAGAUGGGUGCGCCAGAAAUACACCAUCUACAACUACUGCACUGACAGGAAGCGCUACCCUCAACUUCCCCCUGAGUGCUCUAGAGACCGUGACAUUUAA